AUGGCGGCGCCGGCGCAGCCCAUCGAGGUCACGCGGCUGCUCCUGCACGCGCAGGACCCGGACCCCGGCGUGCGCGGCCAGGCCGAGCAGCAGAUCCAGUACUUUCAGGAGCAGAACUACUCGGGGUUUCUGGGCAGCCUCGCCUAUGAGCUGGCCAACGCCGAGAAGCCGCCGGAGAGCCGGCGGCUCGCCGGCAUCGUCCUCAAAAACAACCUCGACGCGAAGGACGACGCCCGCAAGGCCGCGCUCGUGUCGCGCUGGGAGACGGUCGAGGCCUCGCUGCGCGCCAGCAUCCGCGGCGCGCUGCUGCAGGCGCUGUCUAUGGAGCCUCAGGAGGUCCGGGGCACCGUGGCCCUCGCCCUUGCAAAGGUCGCCGCAAUCGAGCUGCCGCGGCGCGACUGGCCGGACCUCAUCCCCGCGCUGCUCGCCAACAUGAGCGCGUCGCCGCCGAGCCACGGCGUGCGGCAGGCGACGCUGCAGGCGCUCGGGUACAUCUGCGAGGAGAUGGGGUCGCUGAAGGACGACGUGCUCAGCCCCGAGCAGAUCAACAUGGUGCUCACGGCGGUCGUGUCGGGCAUGCGGCCAGAGGAGCCGAGCGCGGACACGCGGCUGGCGGCGGUCACGGCGCUGCAGAACGCGAUCGAGUUUGCGGACCACAACUUUGGCAAUGAGAGCGAGCGCAACUACAUCAUGCAGGUCGUGUGCCAGGGCACCGUGGCCAGUGACGUGCGCAUCCGAGUGCAGUCCUUCGCGUGCCUCCACGAGAUUGCCGCAAACUACUACGCCAGGCUGCCGCCCUACAUGCAGGAGGUCUUCAACUUGAGCGUCAAGGCCAUCAAGGAGGACGAGGAGGACGUAGCGCUGCAGGCGGUGGAGUUUUGGUCCACGCUCUGCGACUACGAGCUGGAGCUGGAGGAGGAGGGCGAAGCCGCAGAGGAGACCAACCACAACUUCAUCAAGGCGGUGACGCCCCACCUGGUGCCGGUGCUGCUGGAGCAGCUGGUCAAGCAGGAGGAGGGCCAGGAGCAGGACGAGAGCACCUGGAACCUGGCAAUGAGCGCGGGCACGUGCCUCGGCCUCGUCGCGCGCGUCGCCGGCAACGACGUCGUUUCAGUGGUCAUGCCGUUUGUGACGACAAACAUUGCCAAGUCGGGCAGCCCCGAGGACUGGCGCUGGCGGGAGGCGUCGACGUUUGCGUUUGGCUCCAUCAUGGAGGGGCCGUCCGCAGUGGGGCUUGUGCAGCUGGUGCAGCAGGCUAUGCCGUUCUUGUUGCAGGCCAUGAAGGACCCCCACCCCUACGUGCGCGACACCACCGCCUGGACCAUCGGCCGCGCCUUCGAGUUCCUGCACGACACGGGCAACCCAGACCUGCCGGCUCUGGUCGGCCAGGACACGCUGCCAGGCAUUGUGCAGGUGCGGCGCGCCGCGCCCACCGCAUUCCGGCCUGCGCCGAGCCCGGCGGCGCCCGCCCCACCGCACCCACCUGCUGCAACCUUUGCAGCCUUCUUCGCCCCCGAGACGCGUGGGCAAGGCGCGCCCGCCCGCGUUGCUUGGACGUCCUGA